UCUCUCUCUAACCACCCACUGACAAAGUCUCACCCAACAUAAAACAAUAGUACUGAAUGAACUUCGUCUGUAAUCAAUUAAACUUGAGAGAGUUAUGAAUUAAGAGACCCGUUUGAUUAGCACUUAGCAGCCCGGGGACGGCUUCGCUUCUUCUUUGUCUGCUGGGUUCCUUUUUUAUAGCCAUUUCCUGGAAUCUCAACAACUGUUCUCUAGCUCGCUUUCCUUUUGCAUCUGUCUGUCUUUCGUGAUCUGGAAAUCUCAAGCAAGAACCCCACUUUUUGAUAUUGUCAAAAGAAGGAACAGAGCAGGUGAAUACUGAGAGAGAGAGAGAGAGAGUGGGGGAAAUGACGAGGGUUGGCCGCGAUUACAGAGAUACUAUGCCGAAAGAUGCGGUGCCGGCUGUAUCUGCCGAUGUGAUGUUUGCUUCCAGUCGAUUCCCAAACUAUAAGGUUGGAGGCAACAAUCAGAUCAUUGAUGCGAAAGAUGACCCUAAAGUGAUGUCCAUGAAGGAAGCUGUGGCCCGGGAGACAGCUCAGCUGCUGGAUCAGCAGAAGCGACUCUCUGUUCGUGAUCUCGCCAAUAAAUUUGAGAAGGGCUUGGCUGCUGCUGCUAAAUUGUCUGAAGAGGCUAGAUUGAGGGAGGCAGCCUCACUGGAGAAACAUGUGCUUUUGAAGAAGCUGAGAGAUGCUUUAGAGGCCUUAAGAGGGCGUGUAGCGGGUAGAAACAAGGACGACGUGGAAGAUGCUAUUGCAAUGGUGGAAGCUCUAGCUGUUCAGCUAACUGAAAGGGAGGGAGAGUUGAUUCAAGAAAAGGCUGAAGUGAAGAAGUUAGCUAAUUUCCUGAAGCAGGCUUCACAAGAUGCCAAGAGGCUUGUAGAUGAGGAAAGAGCUUUUGCUCGAGCAGAAAUUGACAGUGCGAGAGCUGCGGUCCAGAGGGUUGAACAAGCCCUUCAAGAACAUGAACGAACAUCUAAAACGCCAGGGAAACAGGACAUGGAACAAUUGAUGAAGGAGGUUCAAGAGGCUAGAAGGAUCAAAAUGUUGCAUCAGCCAAGCAAGGUCAUGGACAUGGAACACGAAUUACGAGCAUUGAGAACUCAGCUCGCUGAGAAGACCAAACGUGCUCUUCAGCUUCAAAAAGAGGUUCUUUUGGCAGUUACUAGGAGCGGGAAGCAGAAGGUGUCACAUCCAUAUGAAUUAGAGGGAACUGAAGCCUUAGGUUCAUACCUGAGGAUCAAUUGUUGCUCUAACAAUGAUCCGGAACUCACUAAUUGUUUAAUCCAGUGGUAUCGUGUAUCAUCUGAAGGUGGAAAGAAAGAGCUGAUAUCAGGAGCCACAAAACCAAUUUAUGCACCAGAGCCGUAUGAUGUUGGACGGACGCUGCAAGCUGAAGUAACUCUCGGUGACCAGAGAAUCACUUUGACAAGCACUGGUCCAAUUGAUCCUGCUCCUGGCCUUGGAAGCUAUGUGGAGGCCCUUGUCCGGAAGCAUGAUGUAGAGUUCAAGGUGGUUGUUACCCAGUUGAAUGGCUCACAUCAACCUUCAGAAUCAAUCCACGUGUUCCACGUCGGAAAGAUGAGGAUUAAGCUCUGUAAAGGGUCUACUACAAUUGCUAAGGAAUACUACUCUGCUUCCAUGCAGCUUUGUGGAGUGAGAGGAGGCGGAAAUGCAGCAGCUCAGGCAGUGUUUUGGCAAGCAAACACAGAACUCUUGUUUGUACUAGCUUUUGAAUCAGAGAGAGACAGAAAUGCAGCGAUUAUGCUUGCUAGGCGCUUUGCUUUCGACUGCAAUAUUGUGUUGGCUGGUCCAGAUGGAAGAGCUACUUGAGGAACUUGAUCAAUCCAUCCAUGAAUACCUGGUUCCACUAAUUGUAAGCUGUAAUUAUGUCUCUCAGAGCUCUUUCACAAAUGUAUCAUAGGCUCCGUAGCACUAGGGUUUUUCUUCCACCCUCUCAAGGCAUCCUUUUUUUUACCAUUUGCCUUCCCUUGUGAAGAAGAGUAUAUGACUGCCCCACUUCUUGCUUACUGCUAGAAAAUGAGUUGCAGCAGCUGUGUGCGAAAUCUGUACUCAACUGCUGCCAUGUGUUGAGUUGGCUUAAUGUAAUGAUGAUGAUAAUUUACUCACAGUCGAUGGUGGUUCGACAUACGAGCCAGCCAUAGUUUUUUUGUCAUUAAUUUCUAGGAAGUUGAUUCACUGAAGCUUAAUCCGGGGUGGACUAAGCCAUGUUCUUCUAGAUCCAAUGUAAUGUCUACUGGAAUUGCUGUAAUGAAAGUCAAAUUUUUAGUUUGUAGUACUGGUAUGAGUUUGAGACAGAGACUGUGAACUAUCGAGAGUUUUUCUCCUGUGUAUCCUGAUCUCGU